AUGCUUGAUAAGCAAUAAGGACAAAAUAGCAGAAGAGCAUCUCUAAAUGCUGCUUAAACCUCUGUAACUGACGAAAAAGAUCACAGAAACUUCAAUUUGAGAGAUCAGAUGGAAAAAUAUCAGAUAUAAAAAUUCAGAGAUAACAAAAGAACUCUGGUAUAAAAUAAUCAAACAAUCAUAGAGCAGCAACUCCUUAGAAAGGAAUUAAAGCCUGAGUAUUCAUUCACUCCUAGUAAUUAUUGCAGUUAACAUAAUUUAGUACCUGAAAUUGAAAGUUCCUCUUAAGUAAAAACUAAUGAAAAAAGGCUUAAAGGGAUCUAAGUUUUCGAGACUCCCAUAAAAUAAAUCAAUCCUGCUCUAAGAAAGAGCGAAGCUAUCCCUAAAAGUGCAUAAGUAAUGAAUACUUAGACGAAUCUGAAAACUAUAAAUGCAAUAAGUAAAUUAAGAAAGAAUUAAAACAAGCUAUAUUUGGAUUCUCAGUCUACAUAAAAUGGUGAGAGAUCUCCAGAUCUCGUAAAAUUAAGAAUAAGCAAUUGUAACACUUUUAAAGCAAAGGAAAAUGAAAGAUAUUCUUAGGUAAGCAUUAGUAAAAAGUCUAAUGAACAUAAUCCUUAUCUGAUUCCUAAUCAAAGCAGUGUAAGCUUGAGACCAUCAACAAUGCAAUAACAUAAUAGAAGAUCUUCACUUAAUUUAAACUAAAAUCUAAAGACCACCAAGAAUUCUAACUAAAUUCACUCAUAAUCUUCGAGUAAGAGUACAAAUAAGAUCUCAUUUCAUAAGAGCUAAUAGUCUACACAGGACUCAAAGAGAAGAAAUAGUAUGAUUUAAGUUUAUGAUGAUGCCAAAGUAGAAAAUGAGAUUAGGGAAUAAGAUUAAUCCCAGAAAAAUGGCUAAAAAGUUAUUUCAAAGAAAUGUUUUGAAAGUUUCCUUAAAGAGUAAAGAGAUUUUCUCGAGAGAUAAAAAAUUGGAAGGGAAUUUGUGUAAAAAUAACAGAUAGAGGAUUAAAUAAGACCUCAAAUAGCUGAUAGAAGAUCACCACUAAGAAAAUCUAAGGAUUAAAGUGGCAGUCCGACUAGAGUAUAAAUUCAUUAACGACUGUUUGUUGAGGCUUAAGAAAAGAUCAUUAUUAAAAGGGAAUCUGCCAGCAAGUCAGGUUAAAGACCAUAAAGUGCCAGAAAAUUCAGGUCAAUGAAAGAUUAGAAAUCUCACCUUCUCAAAAUUACUAAGCCUUUGCAAUAGACUUUGGGAGAGAGAUUGGAGAGUGAAAGAAAAAAGACUGAAGAGAUGUCCCCACCAAAAAUAGAUGAAAAUACUGAUGAGCUUAUCUUUAGGAAAAUCCAAUAUUAAGCCAAAGACUAUUUUAAGAUAGAGUAAUUUACAGAUCAGGAUCACAAUUAUGACGCGUCUAUGUGGCAAUUUAGAGACUUUAUGAUGCAUAUGAACUUCUUGCGAUAGGACUUUCAAGUAAUUCAAGAAUAGGCAGUAAUUUAGGAAAUUUGGAAUUAAAGAUUUAAGUGCAAUAGUAAUACUGAUUACACUGAUAUAAGGAACAUCUUGAUUGUUAUUGGAGGUUUAUUAUAACUUAAAACCAAGAAAAUUAUAAGAAGUCAGAUUCAAUUUAAUAAGAAAGAAGUCAGCCAAAAAAUAUUUGACUACAAUUCUGAAAAACUCAUUCACUUCGAAGAUUUUAAUGCAGUUAAAAAUUUCCACAAGAAAUAUAAGCUUCUUUAUGAUAGACACAUGAUUCAGAGGAAUAUAAAGAACAUCUAAUCAAAGAGCUUUGAAUUCAAACCUUAACUUAAUCAAAGAACAAACAAAAUUGCCUUGUAAACUAGCAGACCUUCAAGUAAGAAUAUUUAUCAAAGAUUGUCCUCUACUGAAAGAAAUAAAGCUAAAUCUCCUGACACUUAGAAGAAAAAUUCCGAUAUUGCUGAUAUUUAUGAAGGGGCAUUCGAAAAGAUAAUAAGACAAUACAAAAAACCUUCAGAGAAGAAGACUUAAAAAGAAGUAUAAGAGAGAAAGUAUAUUUUGACUUCUCCAUAAAAGCAUGAAAAACAUAAGAAGGAAUCCGCAGGAAACAAGCAAGAGAAUAUAAAUGCCGAUUCAGAACUCAUUAUGUACUAUCAACCAAAUUUAUUAUCAAACUAAACCAUAGACUCGCACUAGAGUAAAGAAUCUGAAUUUGAUAUAUAUUUGAAGUAAACAACAAAUAAUACUCCACCAAAUGCAGAAAAUUAAUUAAAAGAAGAUCCGAUCAUGUAUAUUGAUGUUAACCUUGGGGAAAAAGGGUUGAGUCCUUAAAAGAUUUCAAGUUUAACCAAAUUUAUUGUUGACAAAGUAAAUUUUCACAGGUAGAUGUAUCCUUAAUCUAAAAGACGUCUCUGA